AUGGACUUCUCCCGGCUCCACACGUACACCCCUCCCCAGUGUGCGCCCGAGAACACUGGCUACACGUAUGCACUCAGUUCAAGUUAUUCUUCUGAUGCUCUGGAUUUCGAGACUGAACACAAGUUGGAUCCUGUAUUUGAUUCUCCAAGAAUGUCCCGCCGCAGUCUGCGCCUGGUCACCACAGCCCGCGCUGCCGAGGACAGCGCCGCUGGGGACAGCGCGGCCAGACUAGCCAAACAGCGCAGCAGCACACACAAGUCGGCAUUUAGUGUCCACCCCAGCUCGAGGAAGGUCCUGUCCUUGGCUGUCAGCCAUGGCGGCUCAGGCACCGUGCAGGCUGCAGCCUGUCCACGGCCUCCCGUGCUGGAUGAGUCUCUGAUCCGUGAGCAGACCAAAGUGGACCACUUCUGGGGUCUUGAUGAUGAUGGAGAUCUUAAAGGUGGGAAUAAAGCUGCCAUUCAGGGAAACGGUGAGGCGGCCGCGGGGGCCGCGGAGGCGGCCGGGAGCAACGGCUACACCUGCAGUGACUGCAGCCUCCUCUCCGAGCGCAGGGGCAUGCUCACCACCUGCUCUGCAACACGUGGCCCGGCCUCCUGGGUCUACUCCAGGGACAGGAGUCAGAAACGCCGCGCCGCCCGCCGUGGGGAUGGCACCUGGUCGCUGGCCGCGUGCACCUCAGCAUCCUGUGCCUCGUUCUUAGUGCAACUUUUCCAAGUGGUUUUAAUGAAGCUCAAUUAUGAAUCAGAAAAUUACAAAUUGAAAACUCAUUCCCGUCACUGUGGGAGGAUGGACGCAAGAGCGCCCCUCGCCGAGGACGGCCACCUCCGUGCAAACGGGGCGUCGCUGUGCGACGACUGUAAGGGGAGGAAGCGCCUGGAAACGCACAUCACCACCCGCUCGCAGCUCUUGCGGCCAGGAGGGCUGGCAGGGACCCUGGGGCUCGCCUUGUCCCGCGCAGGUCACCUCCCGGGGCAGGCGCUGCGCAGGGCUGGAGCCGCAGGAUGGCGUGGGUCCCGGACGCUGCUGUCGGCGCUGUGCUUGGCCGCGGCCGCCCCAGGGAAGGCAGCGUCUGAAGUGUUCUGGUGGCUUGGGAUUGGAUGGUACCAGUUUGUUACUUUGAUCUCUUGGCUGAAUGUGUUUCUUCUUACAAGGUGCCUUCGAAAUAUUUGCAAGUUUUUAAUCUUGAUCAUUCCAUUAUUACUUUUACUAGGUGUUUCAUUAUGGGGCCAGGGUGACGUCUUUUCGCUCCUGCCUGUGUUAAACUGGACACACAGCCACAGAGUGCAGAGGGUGGAUGACCCCAGGACCACGCUUACACCCGCUGCCUCCUACCCCAGCCAGCCUCUGCAGGUUGGUGAUGAGGCCUUCCACUGGCGUCGGAUGAGUGAGGUGGAGAGGCAGGUGGCCACGUUGUCGGGACAGUGUCACAGUCACGAUGAGAAGCUUGGACAGCUGGCGGCUUUGCUCCAGAAGCUGCAAGCUCGGGUGGACCGGGCGGAAGGCAGCAGUGAGGGGGGGUCACCCCCGGUGAGGAGUGUUUGGGCUUAUUUGCUGCUUAAUUUUCUCUGCCAUUUUUCAUUCAUUUUCCCUUUCAAGACCAACUAUGUGACACUUCACCAAGAGCAUGAAUUGCGCAUCUCCAGCCUGGAAGAUGUACUUGGAGAACUGACAGAAAGAUCUGAGGCCAUCCAGAAGGAGCUAGAGCAGGCCAGGCUAAGAACAGUCAGCGGGGCUGGUGAGGAGCAGCGCCUGCUUGCCUUGGUCGGGCGUCUGGAGCAGGAGCUGGGGCACCUGAAAGCAGACUUGUCCAGCUGGCAGCAUGGGCAAGCCAGCUGUGAGAAGGUGGAGGCCAUCCAUGAAAAGGUGGAUGUCCAAAUCAGAGAGGCGCUCAGACUCAUGUUCUCUGGAGAUGAGCACGAUGCUUCUGUCGACUGGCUGCUCCGGAAGCUGUCUGAUCAGUUUGUGAGCAAGGAUGACAUGCAGGUUUUGCUACGAGACCUAGAGCUGCAGAUCUUGAGGAACAUCACGCACCACAUUUCUGUGACGAGAGAGAUGCCGACCUCCGAAACUGUAGUGUCUGCUGUGAGUGGAGCAGGCGUUUCGGGAAUAACAGAAGCGCAAGCACGGGUCAUCGUGAGCAAUGCCCUGAAGCUGUACUCCCAGGACAAGACAGGCAUGGUGGACUUCGCCCUGGAAUCCGGGGGGGGGAGCGUCUUGAGUACCCGCUGCUCCGAGACGUACGAGACCAAGACCGCACUCCUCAGCCUGUUCGGCGUGCCGCUCUGGUACUUCUCCCAGUCGCCCCGUGUGGCCAUCCAGCCUGACAUCUACCCAGGGAACUGCUGGGCGUUCAAAGGCUCCCAGGGGUAUCUGGUGGUGAGGCUGUCAAUGACAAUCCGCCCGACCGCCUUCACCCUGGAGCACAUACCGAAAGCGCUGUCGCCCACGGGCAGCAUCACCAGCGCCCCCAAGGACUUCGCAGUUUUCGGGCUAGAGAACGAGUAUCAGGAGGAAGGGCAGCUCCUGGGACGGUUCACCUACGAUCAGGAAGGGGAAUCUCUCCAGAUGUUCGUGGCCCCGAAAAAACCGGAAAGAGCUUUCCAAAUAGUGGAACUGCGGAUUUUUUCUAACUGGGGCCAUCCUGAAUACACAUGUCUUUACCGGUUCAGAGUUCAUGGAGAGCCUGUCAAGUAA